AAUCUUAGUAGGUGUUAGGUUUUAAGGUGCAGGAGGUUAAUUAAUAAUCAUUCAGUUACAUGAGCAAUACAUAAAAUAUUAUCGACAAGUAUACAGAGAUAAGCUAUGCGUACUAAAUUCACAGAAAAUCGACAAAGUUAGAAUGUGAUAAAUUUUAUUAUCUCACAUUUACGUACGUACCAGUAGGCUAGAAUUUUUUUUUUCAUUUCGACUAUACAACUGUCUAUAAUGUUAUUAUCAUAUUUUUAAUUUAACGUGGAAAUUCUCUAGGAGAAGAUAGCCUAAUCGUCACCAUUAGGUCACUAAUUGUGUUUUCAUUAUAAUUUCGAAUAUGGAGUAGGUUAUUAGCCCAUCUUAUAAGUCCUAUAUGGUCCUAUAAAAUACAUUCAAGAUCAAGAGGAAUAAUAGAGGCUUGUUAUAAUUAUGUUGUCGGGUCUAGGAGAUCAGCAUAUAAUCUGUUGGCGGCUAUUUUAGGAAUCGGAAAUUAUACAUAUAUAUUCCACCAAAAAGAAAUUGUGUAUUAUUGUGUUUGUAUGCUAUCGAUCGAUGGAAUCAGAAUCAUUAAUUCAUCAACUAUAAACAAUAAUAUGGCACUGAACAUUUCGGUGCACCAAAUAUAGUUAUCCACAAGCAUAAACGUAUAUUCUUUUCAAGAUUCAAAUUAUAUAUAAAAAAAAACAAGUAUUUGCUACAUAUACAACAUAGUAGCUUUUAUGUAAAAAUUUCAUCGGCGCAAGUUAAUUUAUACGUAUUUAUAGUACGCCAUAUUUUGUACUAUAAUCAUACUAGACUCUUAAUAAGUUAAAUAUGAUCGAAGAUUACCACAUUUACAAAGUCGUCAAUUCAAUGUUAUGAUAUUCUGAUUCAUUAAUCUCAUACAACGAUUCAUGGUAUGUUGUAUUCCAUUUACAUCUAGAUUGUGCCAGUUCGUGUCGGACGUACGAUUAUAUAUGAUGAAACAAAUAGACAUUACACGAUACAAAUUAAUUAACCCGUUUCAUGAACUUGUAUAAUCCACUAGUUUUACCGAUGAUCUCCAUAUCAUUGUGAAUACAGAUCACCUAAGAAGAAAGGGUCAAGAGGUCAACUAUGAGAGUAUAACAGAACCUCAUUGAUAAGUAACGUGCAAAGGAUAAACCAUCAUCACUGAUAAUCCAUCUUAAUUAUUUGAAAGGUCCAUGUCAUGAUCCAACCCAUUAUUGAUUAACUGUGCAAAGCCUAGAAUAUUAGAGAAACCAAUUAGAUUAACGAACCAACUUAUAAUCUAAUCACCACUAGCUCAAAUCACAAUCAAUAGGCACCGGGGAACACAAAAGACUAAACAAUUAGAAACCCAUCUCAACUCUAUAUAUAUACUAGCAAACCAAAGCAAUUAAUUAGCAAACUAAACACAAUUAACCUCUCUAGAUCAUCAUCAUCAUCAUCAUCAUCAUAUACCAAGAAAGAUGUUGGCAAUGUCCUCAACCUCAUCCUCCUCCCAUCAACCCACCAACCCAUUCCUAGCUUCAAACUUGGGAGGAGGUUUAUCGUCUUCAUCAUCACCAUCUCCAUGGCCAUUGUUGUUAGAAGAUCCAUUAACAACAUUGCUACCUAAUUACCACAACCACCAUAACCUUCUAUCCACCCAUUUCCUCCCUCCUCAAGCUUCUGCUGAUGCUAAUUACUCUUCUCAUCGCCAUGAUGGCAAUUAUCAUCACCAGUCUUUCACCGGAGAAGAUCAGGAACAUGCAGCAGUCACGAAGAAGGACAGCAGCAGCAGUGGCGGCGACGGCGGCGGCACGGUGGUGGUCACCGCCAUGAAGAAGCUGAACCACAACGCGAGCGAGCGGCACCGGAGGAAGAAGAUCAACACCCUCUACUCCUCCCUCCGCUCCAUGCUUCCUCCAUCCGAUUACCAUGACACGAAGAAGUUGAGCAUACCGAACACGGUGUCUCGAGUACUGAAGUACAUACCGGAGCUACAGCAGCAAGUGGAGGCGUUGGCUCGCAAGAAGGAGGAUUUGUUGUCGGCCAUAUCCAACAAUACUACUACUACAAUUACUAGCCAAGUCGAUAUCAAGCAAGACUGUGCUGAUGAUGUUCAUCAUAUAGAUCUCGACAAAACUAAUAAAAAGAGCUACAAGAUGUUCAGUUCCUCGUCGUCUUCAUCAUUAGCAUCGUCGUCGUCUUCAUCCACGGCGUCCACGAGUUGGCUGAGUGAAGAGGAAGUCAUGGUCCAGAUCUCAAUCGCCGCCAAAAGUAGUAAUAACACGUUGGAUCACAUCUCGGGGAUCCUGUUGCAUCUCCAAGAAGAGACUGGGCUCGUUCUAGUGAAUUCUUCUUCGUUCAAGUCUUUCCAAGGCAGGGUCUUCUACAAUCUCCAUCUUAAGGUAAACUUUGAGCUUCAAAGCCUUCUCCUGUUUCUUCCUGUUCGAUCUCUUCCAUCGUUCUUUUUUCUGUUUGUCUUUUUUGGUGAAUGAUUGAGGGUUGUAGAUGGAAAAAGUUCGUGAUGGAUCCUAGCUAUACUGACAUGUGUCAAGUUGCAUUGUUUGAGUGCAUCAAAGCCACAAGCAUUGUGUAUAUUAUUCUAACAUAGUUUUGCUAGCAUCUUACUUCCUUUCCAUGAGUUCACACACUAAAAAUAUUAUUGAAGGGUGACCAAUUUUUGUCACUGUCUAGCUAGGUAGCUAGCUACAAGGAACAAUCUAGAGUUGUUUUAAGUAUUAUACUAUAACAAUGAUCCAUUUAACUUUAGGUUACUUUAAUUUGUCCACACACACAAAUUAACAUUUAUUGCACACUACUCCAAAUGAUGGGCUAAGUUGAUGUUGAUUUGUGGGGGGACUCAAAUUGUUUCCGAUUUCAAAAUUUUCAGGUGGAAGGAACGAAUGGAGUAGCACAGCUCGACGGUAAAGCUCUAAGCGAGAAAUUGUUGAACCUGUAUGAACAAGAUUUGAGUAGGCACUCUUUUUGAUCAAGGAUGAGUUUCAGAAAUUGUUGAACCUGUACUAAAUGAGACUUGUGUUG